AUUUCUGCAAAUUCUAUUGUUCAUCCUAUUUUAAAAUGUCGAUCGCUCAAAUGCCCGGGCGGGGCUCUGACAAUGUCGGAUUAAAGUCGGCGGAGGCAUCUUUGGCCAACAUCAAUCGCAUUAGCGGUAAUUAUCUGGAGGAAAUGGAGGCUGAGCUCAACAAGCCGCCCGAAGCGCCUAAGAAAAAGAGCAAAGCGCAGAAAAGGGCCGAACGGAAGGAGCUCAAACGACUGGAGGCCAUUGAGGACAAAAAGCUAAUAAUGCGCGAUGAGCUGCGCCGCGAACUGGAGCUGGGCAAGCGCAUGGAGAGGCGGGGCAACGAGGAAUGGCACGAAAUGUGCAAGGAGAUCAAGUUAGUGGAGCUGCGGGAGGAGAUAGUCGAGUGGGGAGAGCGCGCUCAGCGCAAUAUUGAGCACAAGAAUGGUCACAUCACCAUGUUGCUGGAUGAUAUGGCUCAGACCCAGGAGCAGCACAUGCGCAGCUAUGGUAAAACAGUCGAGAUGAUCGACCACAUAUGCCACUGCUUCAAUGCCAUGGUCAGUAGUAUUAAGCAAUUGUACGAACAGGAUGCCGAGGAGUUGCUAAUCGAGUACUAUGAUGAGAUCAAGCGUCGCACUGAAGAGGUUGACUUCAUGCACGAGAACAGCGAGAAUAUAAUACACGCCUCCAAUGUGAUGGCCCGUGAUCAGCUCAAAAACGAUUAUCAGAUCUAUUUGGAGCAACGCGAUGAUCGCGUCAACACGGAGAUUGAGAAACGCUUCAGUCUGCGCGAUCAGGUGGCAAGCAAAAUGAUGAAGAUGCAGCAUCAGUUGAACGAUUUCGUGGACAUACUGAGCAACACGGAACUAGAUGCCCACAAAUAUGAACGCAUACGAUGGCUGACCGAUCGACAGGCCGCAUUCAUGGAGGAGUCUCGCAGGCUCAAUGUCGAGGAGAUGAAGUAUAUGAAUAUGCAGAGCGAAAUGCAGCACGAAAUGAUGAAGAUCGAGACGGAAAACAAUGCGACCAUCAACGAUCUGCGCCUCGAGCUGCAGUAUUUCACCAAUGUACGCAAGAAGAUCGAAGUAGCGCUCAGAGCAGAUCGCCAAAUUACGCAUGAGAAGCUUCGCAUUCUCUCCAGCGAGUGCUACGAUGUCAUUAAGGAGUUCGAUAAGUAUGUCAAGAGUGGGGAACUUUUGCUAUCACUAGCUCUCAAUUGUCGAAAACUUCAAACACAGUCCGAGAAAGUGGUUUUGGGUGGCGAAAUAGUUGACAAAUAUCCUGUGGAAAAGGUGAGCGAGGACUUCGUGAUCAAGACGCUCAACUUAAAGGAGCAUUUAGACAUCACCGAAGAGCAGUUUCUGGAACAGUAUAAGGUGCUGAAGAACUUCUGGUAUCGGCAUGCUAUGGCAGCAGCACAAAACUUGAUUCUGCUGCAUGAGAAGAGCCGAUUAGCCGAGGAAAAUGAGCGUUAUAUUGAGCUGAUCAGGAAGGCGACAAAAACAAACGAUGUGGACGAGUUGAAGGUGGCCAUUACUGUAACGAUGUGCGAGUAUCCGAAGCCGCUGCAUCCCUUCGGCACUGAUUGUCGAGACUAUAAACUAGAAGCGCCCAAGAAACCGAAAAUUGAUGAUAUGGACGAUGACGACACUGACGAAAACUAUGAGGACAAUCUGAAUUCCAUACUCAAUCCCCGUGAAACAGGUUCGCGUGUUUCGAAGGUCACUGUCAAAACUUUGAGCAUAAAUUUAAAAAAUUAAUUGAUUUAUUAGUUC